UUCCCACUGAGUCGAUGUGUCAAAUAUCAUUUUAAAUUUAACCUAGUGGUGUUAAUAUCGAAUUAAUUGUAGGGUUCUUUUAUCAAUUUAUUGUUUUGAAGGCUCGAGUGAUGUGCUGCUGGAUAUGCUAGUUUAUACGAAUUUGAUUCUUUGUGUAAUCUAGUGUGAUCACUGGGUUUCUGAAAGUUCACUAUCCAUAGCCAUGCCAACUUCAACUGGUAUAAAUCGAAAUAUGCAUCCUAGUAAUGAAGAGUGUGGGAUUCGGGAAGUCUGGGCUCACAAUUUGGAAGACGAAUUUAGACAUAUACGCCAGAUUGUACAAGCAUACAAUUAUGUAGCCAUGGAUACUGAGUUCCCAGGAGUAGUUGCCCGUCCCAUCGGUGAAUUUCGUAGCCCUGCUGAUUACCAAUACCAGCUUUUAAAGUGUAAUGUAGAUCUUCUGAAAAUCAUACAACUGGGCUUGAGUUUCCUGAACAAAGACGGCAAAACACCUUCUGGGUACACUACCUGGCAAUUCAAUUUCAAGUUUAAUCUUGGGGAAGAUAUGUAUGCACAGGACAGUAUAGAACUGCUCCAGAACUCUGGUCUCCAAUUCAAAAAACAUGAAGAAGAAGGCAUAGACCCAUUAGAUUUUGCUGAGCUGAUGAUGACUUCUGGGAUUGUUUUGAUGGAUAACAUCAAGUGGUUGUCAUUCCACAGUGGAUAUGAUUUUGGCUAUAUGUUGAAAAUGUUGACUAACCACCACCUACCUCAGGAGGAAAGUGAGUUCUUUGAGCUCCUGAGGAUUUACUUUCCUACCAUCUAUGAUGUCAAGUAUCUCAUGAAGAGUUGCAAAAACCUAAAAGGUGGUUUGCAAGAAGUAGCCGACCAACUAGAACUUGAGAGAAUCGGUCCCCAACAUCAGGCUGGUUCAGAUUCCUUACUAACAGGAAUGGCAUUCUUCAAAAUGAGAGAGUUGUUCUUUGAGGAUAACAUUGACGAUGCCAAAUACUGCGGUCACCUUUACGGAUUAGGCAAUUCUUUUGUGGUCAACGGUAACAGCUUCCACGACAAUGGCGAUGCCACUAAUUCGUCUUAAGCGAUAUCUCACAAACACACUUCAUUAGUUUUUUUAAUUUUUAAACCGAGAAACCAUUCUUUGCGCGGAAUGAUUCUACUAUUCAGAGCAGAAUUAUUCAAACACACAAAAUUGUAAUGAAGAUAUCUCUGUAUUUCAGACGUUGCAAAAAAGGUUCCACCAAUACAGACCUGUGUAUUUCUAUUA